GUGUUAUAACCUCAAUUGCACGUGUUAUAAAAUUGCGAAAAUGGUCCGAAGACACAAUAACCAGCUGCCUGAAAACCUCCCCCAGCUGCAAAAUCUCAUCAAACGAGACCCCGCCUCAUACCAUGAAGAAUUCACACAACAGUAUCAACAUUUCCAAAACACAAUUCAAGUUUUUGAGUUAAGCCCCGACCAAACUAACAAAACUUUGGACGACCUGGUCAUGUUCAUGGCACAAGUGUCGCACUGUUACCCCAAGGAACUCAUCAACUUUCCCCAACAGCUGAUCGAUUUGUUGGAAAAAAAUAGCACAGUUUUAAACGCCACCAUGAGAAUGACUUUUUGCCGGGCUCUUAUCCUCCUCCGUAACAAGAAUUUGUUAGCCCCCACUGACCUACUGGAAUUAUUUUUCAAGCUUCUGAGGUGCCAAGACAAGGCCUUGAGGUCGUUCUUGGAAACUCAUAUCAUCACAGAUAUCAAGAACUUGAACGCGAAACAUAAAAAUGCCAAGUUGAACACAACCUUACAGAAUUUUAUGUUUACAAUGCUGAAGGACACUAAUUCAAGGGCUGCGAAAAUGUCAGUCGAUAUCAUGAUUGAACUUUACAAGAAGAACGUUUGGAAUGAUGCCAAAACAGUGAACGUUAUUGCGUCAGGUUGUUUCUCAAAAUUCACAAAAGUAAUGGUAGCUUCCAUGAAGUUUUUCCUAGGGAAGGACUCUGACGAGAAAGAUUCAGACUCCGAUUCUGAUGAAGAAAUAGACCCCAAAGAAGUGAUGAUGGCCAACAAAGUCAACAAAAAGACAAGAAAAAGGGAAAAACAGUUGAGUAAAGUAAAAAAAUUGGCAUCAAAGGCUUACAAGAAGAAAUCAGCAGCGCCAGUUUUUAAUUUUUCUGCUUUACAUUUGAUCCAUGACCCACAAGGUAUGGCGGAAAAACUCUUCAACCAGAUGGAAACAACAAAUAAACGAUUUGAAAUCAAAAUUUUAACACUCGAUGUUAUAUCACGGCUCAUUGGCUUGCAUCAGUUGUUUUUGUUCAGUUAUUACCCGUACAUUCAGAGAUUUCUCCAACCGCAUCAGCGUGAAGUGACAAGAAUAUUACAAUUUGCGGCACAAGCAAGUCAUGAGUUGGUCCCUCCAGACGUUAUAGAGCCUGUUUUGAAAACUUUAGCCAACAAUUUUAUUACUGAAAGAAAUUCCUCGGAUGUUAUGGCUAUAGGACUGAAUGCAGUGCGUGAGAUAUGCUCUAGGUGUCCUCUUGCGAUGAAUGAAGACCUACUGCGUGACUUGGCAAUGUAUAAAAACUACAGAGAUCGCGCUGUCAUGAUGGCCGCAAAAUCUCUCAUCCACUUAUUCAGAAAUACAAGGCCUGAGUUACUGCAUAAGAAAGACAGGGGGCGCCCUACUGAAGCAACUGAAGAACUUGGGUCCAUAACUUAUGGACAAGUUGAUGCCAAGGAUUAUGUACCAGGGGCUGAAGUGCUUUUGAAAGAAGAUGACAAGGAGGUUGAGAUUAAUUCAGAAUCUGGUUCUGAUGAUGAGGAAUGGGUUGAUAUUAAACACUCUUCUGAUGAAGAAGGCGAAAGUGAAGACAAUUGCAGUGAAGAAGAGGAGGAAAAAGAAGAAGAAGAAAAAAGCGAAUCACCGGAACGCAAAAUAUUGAAAGCCAAGUCUUCCAAAAGAGAGCUGGCGCACAAAGUCACCAUCGACCGCAUCCUAACUGAUGAAGACUUCAAGAAAAUUGACAUGGCCAACAUCAGAAAACAGGUCCAGGGCCCUAAGAAGGGAACAAAGCGGAAAAUCGAAGAAGUUAAAGUGAGUGGGGCGUCCGAACUUGUCAAAUUGGGUGAUAUUGAAAACAUAUACAAAAAACGAAAGCAUGAUAAACAGACAAGGAUUGAAAGUGUUAAAGCGGGCCAAGUGGAUCGAGAGAAGUUUGGCUACAAGGACGGAAGAAUGAACAUUCACUGCUCGAAAACAAACCGGGAGAAGAGGAAGACGAAAAACUACCAAAUGGUCAAACACAAAAUGCAAAGGAAGGGAAAACGCAGCUUCAAAGACAAGCAAAUUGCGUUAAGGAAUCACUUGUUAAAGUUGAAAAAGAUGAAAUAAUUUUGUAUUUAUCGUUUUGUUAUUUAAUAAAUGAAAAAAAUCACUA